AUCGCACCUCCCCCACCAACUUUGCAGUACGACACAUAGGCACAGGACCUUCAACCUGCUUCAAUCCCAGGAUAAAUCUCGCUAGACAAUUAAGAAUCUCGCCCCACCCACAUACAUGCGCAAUGGCGAUGCUCGGGACGAUUCUGAACGGCGUCGGCGCGCUGUUCCUAACACAUGCUGUCUACUCCACCCACGAACACACAGCAACCUUUGCCUCGACUCCCCUCCCACUUGACAUCUCGCUCGAGCUCCUCACCUCCAUCCUGCUACUCUCACUCGGCAUCGUCAUCUCUUUCGCGCCGCUCAAGCCAAUACAAUGUGCACAAUGGGCAGGCCAGAUUUCACGCCAGGGAAGACACGGCGAAGGCCAGUAUACGAGGGAGGGCGAAGAGGUUUUGAGCGAGGGCGAUCCGUAUGCAUUCUUGGGUUUGGAUGGCGGUAUUGGCGGCAAGGGCGAGGGCAGGAGGGGAUUUUGGGAUGUAAAGGGAAAGAGGAGAGAAUACGAGGAAUGGGUUAGGGGUGCUGGGAAGAAGUAAAAGAGUGUAGAGUCAUGUAGACAGGACGAGUUGGGUGCUUGCGAGAGAUUGAACUGGCACAGGAACACGUGGAAUGACUAAAUACCGCAAUCCACGGGGUUGAGGAAUUCAUUCGACAGCUACCCUUCAUCAUAUGAUACCGCGCGAAA